AUGCGUCCUCACCCUGUUGUUACUAUUACCGCUGAUGAGGCUGAUAUUGCUUGGGGUGCAGUGACGCUUGCUCACAUGUAUCGCCAACUGGGUAUGGCGACAAGGACUGGGUGCAAGACUAUUGCUGGUUGCCUGACACUGUUGCAGACAUGGAUUUACGAGUACUUCCCAGCCUUCCGCCCCCAUCCGCGUCAAGCUGACAUGCCGAACAAGACAAGGGCAGAGAUGUGGUCCCCGCCGAAGCCAAUCCGCGAGCUGAGCAGACUGAUAGACUGUAGGAGCAUACUGGAUGCCAUGACAGAGGCACAGGUGGAGUGGACUCCGUACUUGACUUAUGAUAGGUUUUCCAAAACGGAUGUAUAUCGUCCAAGUACAAAGCACCAUUAG